GUUGCAAUCAGUUCAUAUGAUGUUUUAAUAACUGAAUUACCAACACGUUUAAUUUCCCUCUGGGAUUAAUGGAGUAUUUUUAAUCGAAUUGGAAUUUAUAUUUCAUAAUAUUAUUUUAUUAAACAGCCUAAAUCUCUUCCCAAAUCGCAGCGAAUCAAACCUCGAACAGAAAAAUACAAGUCGGUAGCUAAUGACCCGGCAGGUGUGCAUGGUUGCUAGGCAACGCCCGGACCUUGGAGAAUGGCGGUUGACAGAAACUAUUUAACUGGUGAUGAUGACAAACGUUAAAAUCUGAGAAUAAGUUUAAAAGCAAAUGGAGCAACUCAAGCGCCAAGUUAAAGUUCGUCGUGACAGCGGGAUUCCUUACAAAGGAGAAACAGCCGUAAGGUUAUCGACCCGGAGAACAGAGAGAUAUAAGAAACUUCUGACUGGCAAAUGCUAUGACCCAUUACCAGAAAGGAUAGAGGAAGAAGAAAUAAAUGAAUCCAAACCAGUGAGCCCUGUACAGGUUAGUAUUUCUGUGCCGUUUACUAAAAACAGACAAAGCCAACCUGCUUCAUGUGUUACAUCGGUUGUUAAAGCGCCCGGCCAACAAAACCCGUCAAGAAAAGCUUCUCCAAAAGUUACGGUCCAACUCAUCCCAGAGGUCUCACGAUGUGGUGGGACGUCUUGCGUCAUGGAAACAGAGUCAACUUUAAACUCGGAGGAGGAGGAGGAGGAGGAGGAGGAGGAGGAGGAUGACGAUGACGAUGAUUAUGACUAUGAUGACGACAAUGACUAUGAUGAUGCUGAUGCCUCAACAACCAUUAGCAGCUCAUCCUCCCCAGAGAUCUUCAGAAAGGAAAUGAGUGUGAACGUAAUGACUUUUCCCAGUAAAGAUGAGUUGCUGGAUUUUCAUCUUCAAGUGAAAAAUUCCACCUUGUUAGAAGACAGCCAUGCGGAGAAUAUUCACGCUCAUCAUCCACCCAACCUUUCUACCAUCAUCGAUGCGUCUACGAGUUUAGCUGAGGAAAAGUUUGAGAUCAGUUACCACAAAACUCCUGAAGAUGAAGGACAAAUGAACAUAAGUGCAAGUACCUCAGAUCAAGCCUUUAAGAAGGAAACGUCUCCAAAACUCUCAGAGAAGAAGCCAAUUACCUUUAGGAAGAAAGUUAGGUUCAAAAGCCUUGAUGCAACUGAGAUUCAAAAUGAGAAAGAAAUCAAAUCCCCUGCAACGAGUGGAAAAAACACCAGCAGUCCCUCAAGACCUCUGCAGAAAAUAAAACCUCAUCCCAUGACAUCCAGAAGAAGUGUGACCAGCUUCAAAGAUCAACCAUUACUGCUGGCUAUAAAAAGGUCUGGAACAGCAGGCUCAGAAAAAGCAUCGUUCUUUCAGUUUGUGAAUGAUAAUGAAAGACGAACCAUUUUUCAAAAAAUGAAAGAAAGAUCCGUCAAACUUAGAAGUGCUGUUUUCUUUCCUUUCAAAACAGAUAUGCAAACCAAGAGUUAAACUACAAUUCAGUAUGAAAUGUUUAAAUGGUAAUGAGCAGAGAAGGAUGAGGAGUCGAAUAGAUGUUGUGCAAAGCUAGAUAUGAGCUUCAGUGUGUAAUAUUUAAAGGGAACAGGUAGCAGUAAAAAUCCUUAUUUUAAUUUGACACUAUCUGUACUAAUCAUUUUAUGUUUUUUUUUUCUGGCAAUAAUUGUAACCGAUGUCUCAACCACUACAUUUUUAAGUUGUCUGCUGAUUUAAAUGCUUUGCUGAUACGCGUAACUUUUUUAAUUUUUGCUAAAAUAUAUUUAAAAUGUACUUAUCAAAAAUGGCCACUAGAUGGCAGAUGUGUAUUUCAUAACCCUUGAUAAAUAUACAUAUAAGAAUAACUUUCUUGUGUUAAAAGAAAAAAUAUAUAUAUAUGUUUGCAUUUGUUGUGCUCGGUGUUUCUCUCUUUAUUUAUAUGUAUAAUUUUGAUGUUUUGUGUUUUCCUUUAAUUUAGUUUAAUUUAAAAAAUAAUAAAAAUGAAAUGUGUAAUGUAUGCAUGUUAGAUUUUCAUUAUAGGCUAUAUGUCAUAUAUAUGUAUAAGUGUCAGUUUGAAGAUUUUGCUGAUUUAGGAAUUUGCAUAAAAAAGAUUUUGCGA